UCUUUGGCGGCCCAUGACACUGAACCAAUUGCUUUUUCACUAGAGCUGGAUCAGCCCCAUAGAAAACGUAAUGAGCUCUUCAAGCUACGCGGUGCUAGGAAGUAGGAACCAAUUCGCAAGCAGUGUGAAGCACAAAGGAGACUGGAUGACCCGUCCCGUGUCAUAAGACGAGGUUGCAUGGAUGCCUAAACUGCUAAUCAAUGACUCUAUCUGACUCGAUGAGCGUGUAACCUUCGGGUCAUAGCCUGGUCAUAGGGUCCAAAAAGUUUACAGUGCUUUUGUUUCUCUAUUCCGUGUUUGUUGCACUCUCAAAAGGAUUGUCACUCACUAGGAUGCUUAAUGGACCCUAGUGAUGAGGGGAGAUGUGGCUUUGCUUGUCACAACCAAUGAAACUUUGCCGCGUCAUGUGUCGUCCGCCAGUAAGAUCCAUUUAUUUUCAUUCCGUCAGCUGAUUCGCCGUACUCUGUGAAUUUUCGAAUUUCUAGUUCGUCUACGAUCCAAUCGUGUGGGGGUGCUCUCAAGAAUCGUUAAACCUCGUCAGAGGUUUUGCUUCACAACACGAUGCCUGCACCGUUCUUCUCAACUCCAUUCCAGCCAUAUGUCUACCAGAGUCAACAAGAUACAGUCACACCUUUCCAGAUUUUGGGUGGUGAAGCUCAAGUUGUUCAGAUAAUGUUAAAGUCAGAGGAGAGAGUCAUUGCUAAGCCAGGUUCCAUGUGUUACAUGUCUGGGUCUGUUGAGAUGGAGAAUACAUAUAAACAACAAGUUGGAGGCUUACAGUGGAUUUUCGGUAAGAGUGUAACCAGCGUUGUUCUUCGGAAUACUGCCCCAAACGAUGGAUUUGUGGGUGUUGCUGCACAUUAUUUCGCUAGGAUUCUACCGAUCGAUUUAGCUAUGUUUGGAGGUGAGAUCUUAUGCCAGCCAGAUGCAUUCCUUUGUUCCGUCAGUGAUGUGAAGGUUGUCAACUCUUUUGACCCGAGGGCAAGAAACAUCGUUGCUGCUGGUGCUGAGGUAUUUCUGAGACAACGCCUAUCUGGACAGGGUCUUGCUUUUAUCCUCGCAGGUGGCUCAGUUGUACAAAAAGUUCUGGAGGUAGGAGAAGUUCUCACCAUUGACGUGUCUUGCAUCGCUGCUCUCACUCCUUCAGUCGAUGUCCAAAUCAAAUACAACACUCCUCUCAGACGAGCAGUAUUCGGGGUAUUACAUUUACAUUACACUCUCCCUUACAUACGAAACUUUGUUUAAAAGAAGAGAAGAAGAUUCAGGUUUUUUUUGUUUUGUUCCUUCCCUCAUAUAUCUGACUUUCUCUGUACCAUUCCAAAGGGUGAUAAACAUGUA